UGCUUCUCAUUUUUUCUUUAGAAUCGGUUCGAUGCUCAAGUUAGGUUUUAUAGUUUUAGUUCCGAUACUUGUUGGAUAUUUCUACCGAAACUUUGUUCCUCUCCUCCCCAAUACCUGCUUAUUAAUUUUAUAUUCCACUGUGGUGGCAGUCGCCGUAAUUUCUAUGGCUUUUUGUGGCAUUUUCGGUAGUUUACCUCUACAUAUGCUUCCUAGAAAGAGAGCUUCUACCGAUGAAGUAGUUGCUAUAGAAGCUGACCACGAAACCUCCAGCAACACCAACCACAACGGUGCAACCGCAUCAUCAUCCUUCAAGAAGCACCGCCUUGAUAGCUGCACCAUCGCCGGCGGCGGUAACGAAUCAACGGCUGAUAACGGUGGUAAUAGUGUAAUAAUAAGAGGUAACGGAGAUCGGAGUAAUAGUAGGGUUGUUGAAUCUUCACCGUCGAUCAUGGCUCUUGGCGAUGCGAAUCAUAAUGAAAUCGAUGAGGAUCUCCAUAGUCGGCAGCUUGCCGUCUAUGGCCGUGAGACUAUGAGGCGUCUUUUCGCUUCGAAUAUUCUUAUUUCCGGGAUGCAGGGUCUUGGUGCUGAGAUUGCAAAAAAUCUCAUUCUCGCCGGUGUCAAGUCUGUGACGUUGCAUGAUGAAGGGGAUGUGGAGUUGUGGGAUUUGUCCGGUAACUUUGUGUUCUCUGAGAGUGAUGUUGGUAAAAACAGGGCUCUUGCCUCUGUCCAAAAAUUACAAGAGCUUAACAAUGCGGUGAUCCUUUCCACCUUAACAACAAAAUUAACAAAGGAACAACUUUCUGACUUUCAGGCUGUUGUAUUUACUGAUAUCAGUCUCGAGAAAGCCAUUGAAUUCAAUGAUUACUGUCAUACUCAUCAGCCUCCCAUCUCUUUCAUCAAGGCUGAAGUUAGAGGUCUUUUUGGUGCUAUAUUUUGUGAUUUUGGACCUGAGUUCACUGUAGUUGAUGUUGAUGGAGAGGAUCCUCACACGGGUAUAAUUGCAUCUAUUAGCAAUGACAAUCCAGCACUUGUAUCAUGUGUUGAUGAUGAAAGGCUUGAGUUUCAAGAUGGGGAUCUUGUUGUCUUCUCUGAAGUUCAUGGGAUGACGGAACUAAAUGAUGGAAAACCAAGGAAGAUUAAGAGUGCAAAGCCAUAUUCAUUUGUUCUUGAGGAGGACACCACUAAUUUCGGUACAUAUGUAAAAGGUGGUAUUGCUACACAAGUGAAACAACCGAAGGUAUUAAAUUUUAAACCAUUAAGGGAUGCUCUCCAGGACCCUGGUGACUUUCUGCUGAGUGAUUUCUCAAAGUUUGACCGUCCUCCUCUGUUGCACUUGGCAUUCCAAUCAUUGGAUAAGUUUGUCUCUGACUUGGGACGCUUUCCUGUUGCUUGUUCAGAAGAAGAUGCUAAUAAGCUUAUUUCUAUUGCUGGUAACAUUAAUGAGAAUUUGGGAGAUGGAAGGGUGGAAGAUAUCAACCCAAAACUUUUGCGACACUUUGCCUUCGGUUCCAGGGCUGUGCUAAAUCCAAUGGCUGCCAUGUUUGGUGGAAUUGUAGGACAAGAGGUUGUCAAAGCAUGCUCUGGAAAGUUCCAUCCCCUCUUUCAGUUCUUUUAUUUUGAUUCUGUGGAGUCACUGCCAACCGAUCCUGCAGACCCUAGUGAUUCCAGACCAUUGAAUAGCCGUUAUGAUGCACAAAUUUCAGUGUUUGGAUCCAAGUUUCAAAAAAAACUGGAGGAUGCUAAAGUAUUUAUAGUGGGAUCUGGUGCACUAGGUUGUGAGUUCCUAAAAAAUAUUGCUCUGAUGGGAGUUUCUUGUGGUCACCAAGGAAAACUGAUAAUCACUGAUGAUGACGUUAUUGAGAAGAGCAACCUCAGCAGGCAGUUUCUUUUCCGGGAUUGGAACAUUGGGCAGGCCAAAUCCACAGUUGCUGCUUCUGCUGCAGCAUCAAUAAAUCCUUCUUUACGGAUUGAAGCUUUGCAAAAUCGCGUGGGUCCCGAGACUGAAAACAUAUUUGAUGAUACCUUCUGGGAGAAUUUAACAGUGGUUAUUAAUGCAUUGGAUAACGUAAAUGCCCGGCUUUAUGUUGAUCAGAGGUGUUUAUAUUUCCAGAAGCCACUUCUCGAGUCUGGAACUCUAGGUGCUAAAUGCAACACGCAGAUGGUUAUCCCUCAUCUAACUGAAAACUAUGGUGCUUCAAGAGACCCACCUGAGAAACAAGCCCCGAUGUGCACUGUGCACUCAUUUCCUCACAAUAUUGACCAUUGUUUGACAUGGGCUCGGUCUGAGUUUGAAGGUCUACUUGAGAAAACUCCUGCUGAAGUGAAUGCUUAUCUGUCCAAUCCGGUGGAAUAUAAAGAUGCACAAAGGAAUGCUGGCGAUGCUCAGGCAAGAGAUAAUUUGGAGCGAAUUCUUGAAUGCCUUGAAAAAGAAAAGUGCACGACAUUCCAGGAUUGCGUCACCUGGGCUCGUCUAAGAUUCGAAGACUAUUUUGUGAACCGUGUGAAGCAACUGAUUUAUACAUUUCCCGAAGGUGCUGCAACCAGUACUGGGGCUCCCUUCUGGUCUGCUCCAAAACGAUUCCCUCAGCCACUUCAUUUCUCAGCAGCUGAUCCAAGCCACCUGCAGUUUGUUAUGGCUGCUUCUAUCCUUCGAGCUGAAACAUUUGGCAUUCAAAUUCCUGAUUGGGUUAAGCAUCCAAAGAUGUUGGCAGAUGCCAUUGACAGAGUGCCAGUUCCAGAUUUCCAACCGAAGAAAGAUGCAAAAAUCGUAACAGAUGAGAAGUCUACUACUCUCUCUACUGUAUCCAUCGAUGAUGCAGCAGUUAUCGACGAACUCAUCUUCAAAUUAGAACUUUGCACAAAAAAUUUGCCUCAAGGGUUCAAGAUGAAACCUAUACAGUUUGAAAAGGAUGAUGACACAAACUACCACAUGGAUCUAAUAGCUGGGCUUGCAAAUAUGAGGGCCAGGAACUACAGCAUUCCCGAGGUCGAUAAGCUCAAAGCCAAGUUUAUUGCUGGAAGAAUCAUCCCUGCAAUUGCUACUUCCACAGCAAUGGCCACAGGUCUUGUCUGUCUGGAGCUUUACAAGGCUCUUGAUGGAGGCCACAAACUGGAGGACUAUCGCAACACUUUUGCAAACCUUGCACUGCCUCUGUUCUCUAUGGCCGAGCCAGUUCCACCCAAAGUCAUCAAACACGGUGAUAUGAAGUGGACUGUUUGGGACCAGUGGAUCCUGAAAGACAACCCAACUUUGAGAGAACUCAUCCAAUGGCUUAAGCACAAGGGACUGAAUGCCUACAGCAUAUCGUAUGGAAGUUGCUUGUUGUAUAAUAGUAUGUUCCCUCGGCACAGGGAGCGAAUGGACAAGAAGGUUGUGGAUCUAGCCCGGGAAGUGGCCAAGGCUGAACUGCCUCCAAAUAGAAAGCAUCUGGAUGUCGUCGUGGCUUGUGAGGACGACGACGAUAAUGAUAUUGACAUUCCUCAGGUUUCUAUCUACUUCAGCUAAGGUUAUUCUUUCACCCUGCUGCUUCGGGUUGUGUGGUCUACAAUGUUGUUAUGAGUGAGCACCCAAGAUGGAUAUUUUUCACAAUAAAUUCUUCAUCGCAACUUGAGUUAAUAUGAUGACCUUCCCUAUUUACUUGGUUUUCUUCUUGUGUGGCGAUCUCGUCAGUCAUCUACUGGGAAGAUGCCCGUAGAUUGCUUCUAUUUGCAUCUAGAAGUAUAUUUAUUUUUAGGCUUAAUAUAUAUUUUCUCCUCGUAUUUUACCUAAAUUUGCAAUUUGACCUUUAUAUUAAUUAUUUUCCCAGAUUGGCAUUGCA